CAAGAAUAUAAUAAUAAAUAAAAUAAAAUAAAAAAAUAAACGAGAGAAGGAAGACCAGUUGUUCUUGUUUUUCUUUCUUCGUCUUCUCUCCUCUCUUUGUUACUCUCUCUCUCUCUCUCUCUCUAGACUUUCAUCGUCUUUUCGUCGGCGUCAAACCCACCAACGACAGCAACAUUCCUCCUUAUACUUAUCUCCACCAUUAUCACAAUCAUCUUUUUACGCUUCUGUAAUUAUCAUCGCAAUCGCCAAUUGAAAGAGCAAGAAGCAAAACCCUAUUCACAAUCUGCAUCCCACUUGCAAAGAUGAGAAAACCCUAGGAUCAACCUUAUAUCCCCCUGAAAAAGGGUAUUUGGUUAAGAGGGGGUAUAAUUUGACAAUUGCCGCAUGUUGAAGGGGCAAACUUGAAAAAAUGUUGGAAGCUCCAAAGUUCACAGGCAUGAAUAUGAUGGGCAUAAACAACAACCACCACCAUGAUAAUAAUUUCAUCGACCUCUCACAAGGCUUCUACCACAAACUCGGCGAAGGGUCAAACAUGUCAAUCGACAGUUUCAACAGCUUAAACAUGAGCCAAAACGGAGGCUCAAUCGCCAUGUCACUCGACAACUCAUCCGUGGGGUCCAACGAAUCCCACACGCGUAUCCUCAACCACCAAGGCCUCAAACCCAUAAAAAAUUACACAGACGCCCUUUCGGUCCACAAAGGCCGCGUCUCCCACGGGCUAUCCGAUGACGCCCUCGCAAGGGCACUUUUGGACACGCGGUUUCCGACCCAAGGACUUGAAAACUUCGAUGAAUGGACAAUCGAUCUUCGAAAACUCUCGAUGGGUCCCGCAUUCGCACAAGGCGCAUUUGGGAAGCUGUAUAAAGGUAGUUACAAUGGUGAAGAUGUGGCGAUUAAGUUGUUGGAGAAACCGGAGAAUGAUGUGGAGAGAGGGUUGGUGAUGGAACAACAGUUUCAACAAGAGGUGAUUAUGCUUGCGAGGUUGAAACAUGUGAAUAUUGUGAGGUUUAUCGGGGCGUGUAGGAAGCCGAAUGUGUGGUGUAUUGUGACGGAGUAUGCGAAAGGUGGUUCGGUUAGGCAGUUUUUGGCUAGGCGGCAAAAUAGGGCGGUGGGGUUGAAACUCGCGGUGAAACAGGCGUUGGAUGUGGCCAGAGGGAUGGAGUAUGUGCACGCGCUUGGGUUGAUUCAUCGCGAUUUGAAAAGUGAUAAUUUGUUGAUUUCGGCUGAUAAAAGUAUUAAGAUUGCGGAUUUUGGAGUUGCGAGGAUCGAGGUGCAGACCGAAGGGAUGACGCCUGAGACCGGGACCUACCGUUGGAUGGCUCCGGAAAUGAUACAACACAGGCCAUAUACGCAAAAAGUAGAUGUGUAUAGCUUUGGGAUUGUUCUGUGGGAACUGAUAACUGGAAUGCUGCCAUUUCAAAACAUGACGGCUGUACAGGCGGCAUUUGCGGUGGUGAACAAAGGUGUCAGGCCGACCAUCCCGCCGGACUGCCUGCCGGUGCUUGGAGAAAUCAUGGUCCGCUGCUGGGACGGGAACUCAGAUGCCCGGCCGCCAUUCACGGAGGUGGUUAGAAUGCUUGAACAUGCUGAAAAUGAUAUCAUGACAACUGUCAGAAAGGCGCGUUUCAGAUGCUGCAUUAGUCAACCGAUGACCACUGAUUGAUGAUGAUGAUGAUGAUGUGUUGUAAAGGUAAAGAAAAUGAAAUGAGAAAGAAUGAUGGUUUUUAUUUAUGGCAUCUAUGUGUAUGUAUGUUACUGUUUUCAGGGUAAUUUCUUUCUUUUUUUUUUAAGAUAGGGUGAAAAAAGGAAGAAAAUUAUGAUGAUAUGGAUUACUUACUAUUACUACUGUUACUUCUUGUUUUUGUGGAUUUUCUUUUUUCUCUUUGUUGUUGAAUGUUUAUGGAUUUGUGUUGAUGAAUUAGUAGUAAUGAAGGAGAAUUGUGUUGUAUUUAUUUAUAUAUAUAGUGUUGGA